AUUUCUAAACCUGGCAUCCCCACAGGUAAUCAUGGCGGACAGCGCAAGCGAGAGUGAUACUGAUGGGGCGAGCAGCAGUUCAUCUGUCCCUCGAUGUACAUCCUCCUCGUCCUCUACCAAACCAAGCAUUGUCAUCUCUUCCUUUCGUUUAGAGGAAUUAACAAACCGACUUGCCUCUCUCCAACAAGAAAACAAAGUGCUGAAAAUCGAGCUUGAAACAUUCAGGCUUAAAUGCAGAGCCCUACAGGAGGAGAACAGAGACCUGCGAGAAGCAAGCGUCACUAUUCAAGCACGAGCAGAGCAAGAGGAAGAGUUCAUCAGUAACACCUUGUUUAAGAAAAUCCAGGCUCUUCAGAAGGAAAAAGAGACACUCGCUGUCAAUUAUGAGAAGGAAGAGGAGUUCCUCACCAAUGAACUAUCCAGGAAACUUGUGCAGUUGCAGCAUGAGAAGGUUGAGCUGGAGCAGCAGCUGGAACAAGAGCAGGAAUUCCAGGUCAACAAGCUGAUGAAGAAGAUCAAGAAGAUGGAGAACGACACCAUCUCCAAACAGCUCACCCUGGAACAGCUGCGGCGGGAGAAGAUAGACCUGGAGAACACUCUAGAACAAGAGCAGGAGGCGCUGGUCAACCGGCUUUGGAAGAAGAUGGACAAGCUGGAGGCAGAGAAGAGAAUUCUCCAGGAGAAACUUGACCAACCUCUGUCCGCUCCACCAUCUCCAAAGGGUAUCGCUAUGGACAUUGACUCUCCAGAGAACAUGAUGCGCCACAUUCGGUUCUUGAAGAACGAGGUGGAACGGCUGAAGAAGAACCUUCGCAGCGCUGCACUGCAACACACAGAGAAGCGGGCCCAGUACAUUGAGGAGGAGCGUCACAUGCGAGAGGAGAAUGUUCGUCUUCAGAGGAAGCUGCAGAGAGAGAUGGAGAGACGGGAAGCCCUCUGCAGACAACUGUCUGAGAGUGAAUCCAGCCUGGAGAUGGAUGAUGAGAGAUACUUCAAUGAGAUGUCCGCUCAGGGCCUUCGCCCCCGGACUGUGUCCAGUCCCAUCCCAUACCCCCCCUCCCCCAGCUCCAGCAGACCCAUCUCCCCAGGUCUGUCAUACCCCAGUCACACUGUGGGCUUCACCCCUCCUAGCACCCUGACCAGAGCUGCCAUGUCCUCCUUUUACAACACACCCGCUCUACACGGCCAUGUGGGGGGAACGCAUUCCGUCCCAAGACCUUCCCCACGAAGGAGCAACAGUCCAGACAAGUUCAAGAGACCCACACCCCCUCCCUCCCCCAACACCCAGCCAGGCCUACCCGCCCCACACCCUCCACCAGCUCAUCACUCACCUGGCCAGUCCACAUCCUCACAGGCAUCUACAUCCCAGCAUGCUUUGCACCAGCACCAGUCAUAAUGCACGAGCUCUGAUGUAGAAGCAGCGGACUAAGACCAGUGUCACAGAAGCUGUGGUUUCUGGGAUGGUUUUGGUGGUUCUGCUGAGUGUUCUGUGAGGACAACACUCACCUGCACUGACGUCAUCUCUGUUUAUGCCAAUAUGGACCCUCAUCCUAAUUUCAUUUUCAGUUUUACAGUCAUUUCUUUAGCGUAAUAGGCGUGCAGUGUGUUGGCUGAUGAAAUGUUGAUAUGCUGCUGGGUAGUGUAUUUUUAAGGGUUUGUGUUUUGUUUUGAUGUGUUUUUGACAUUACUGUCAACAUGUUUGUGGAGUCUGUAUCUCACUCCAAAAGUGGUCUUAAACACCGUAGUUCAGAUAUGAUUAAGUGUUUAUUAAGGUAGUGUAUUUUGAACAAGGGUCUGGCAAUUCUUCUAAAGAUGAUCGCAUGGCAGAUGCAUCCACACAGAAAAUUCACACUGCUGCGUUUUGAGAUGUUGACAAUAUAACAGAAGGGUGACUAUUGCUAUAAAUAACGGUUUUAGCAAGUAAUCCCAAAUGACAGAAAAUUAUAAAGUGACGUGUCAUUAGGUUUUUGCCAGCUUUGAACAAAUACAUUCCGUAAAAAGGUUAAUUUAAAGACUUUUAAACGUAAUGAUAAGCAAACAGAGUUUGUACGUGGAGCUAGUAACAUGACAACAUGAUGCACAAAAGUUGUUAGCGGUGUCCUUUGACACGUUAAUAUGUUAAAAAGAACUGAUUUUCCGCCUUUUGUUUUCCGCCGACCUAGUGUAAUUGCACUGUCAAUGAAAGACGGUCUAUCUGCAUGGAAAAUACUGUAGCAUCUGCUACGCGCAGUCCUCUUCUCGUUAACAGCUGACUUGACACCAGAACAUAGUCCUAUACUGCCCUGUUUCCGGUUGCGAGAAAUUGUUCAUGUCUCUUACUUCCUAGUUUCCUCAGUGUUGGCUUACUUUAAUCCCACUAGUACCAAACCGUUCUGUCCAUAUUACUCAUUAGAUGUAGUGGGUGUUGGCGCUAGAACCUACUGCUCAGCUUUUUGUGCAGCUUGGCUUGAUUCAAUGUCAGAUUUGGCUUUCUUAAAAAGAUGAUCAACUCCUUCGCAUUGUUUUAUUUUUGCGAAUAUUUAAUUUGAUGUGAGAAUAAUUUGUUUUUGUUUGAUUAGUAGGUUGUUUGUGUAUCGUUCUGGCUUUAGUAAAUGCUUUCAUGUAAGACUGUUGUUGACAUAUGAAUGUAGGCCUAAUAAUGUUGAUGUUUUCUUCUUAUACUCAUUAUAAUCACCUCAGAGCCUUAACUCACUGUGGUAGGCUAUUGCUUUUUAUUGGCAUUAUCUAGCUUCUCCCCACAUUAAAUAAAAAAAAAGCCUUAAUAUGUGA